AUGACAACUUCCAAGACAGUUCCAUCGAAGGAGCACGCCAAGCUUUUAUCGCGGCGCGAAGAGCUCGCUAAACAAGAAGUGUCGCUGAAACGAGAAUAUACCACGAUGUUGCGAAAACUUGCAAGCAUCACAGCAGUACUGCAAAACUUAGAAGAGGAUACAGAUGCCUCAAAGAGAGUGAUUUCAGAAACUGUGUUAUCGAAAGUGCCAGAUCUUAAGCCAUAUUCGAUUUUGCUCGAGGAAGUCAAUAAUAAGGCCCCACAAGACAUUGAAAUACCAGAUUUCCUGCAGGAUUCGUACGCUCUUUACAAAAAUGCACCUCUUCUGUAUAAAGAUUUGUGA